AUGAAAUAUCAUCUCGAAUUUGCGGUGCUGAUCGCGUCCAUGAGCGGCUUCAUGCUGGGAUACGAUGCUGGCGUGGUAUCUGAGCUAUUCACUUCCCCAAGAUUUAUGCAGACGUUUAACAUUACAGAAGACAACUGGGAGAUGAUCAAAGGCAAUAUGGUUGCUAUAUUACAGGCUGGCUGUGCUGUUGGAGCUCUCAUUUCAAAUAUUCCAGCAGGCAAGCAUACAUUUUUAUUAUGA